GUGAUGAUGAUGAUGGUGAAAUCCCGUUUCCUUUUCUACAGAGCGGAUGUCUCGCGAGGAGUGGCUGGUCUGACGCGCUUGUAAUGUUUUGAGAGGAGCGUGCUGGAGACGCGCGCUGUGUCUCGAGCUAAGAACCGUUUAGUUCGCUUAUCAAAGGGAAACAAACGGAAAGCUGUUAAAACCGCUACGAACCGCUGAGGAUAUUUAAGGUGCUGGUUUCGCGCUCCAGCUACCGUGCAGGGACUCUUUGGGGGCGUCAGGACGGACCGGUCAGUCAUUUCAUUCUGGAAGGCACAUUGUACUUUGAAGUACGGCGAGCCGCAGCAGUGAAACCCGGGCUGAACGCGCUGAAACACUCGUUUACGCCUGACGGGUUCGCGUCCGCUGAGUCCCCCUGUCUGCCUGCACCUCUAGCGGUUUGAUUAGUCCGGGAUGCUGCUGUGGUGAACCAGACAGCAGCCCAUGAGUCUCCCACAGUUCGCUGGCUCGACCGUUGCCUGUUAAAAUGAUGGAAAAUGGAUAAGCUCACCAUUAUUUCUGGAUGUUUGUUCCUUGCCGCCGAUAUUUUUGCAAUUGCCAGCGUCACAAACCCAGACUGGAUCAAUACUGGAGAAGCAGAAGGUGCUUUGAUGAUGGGUCUUGUUCGGCAGUGCCAGACUAUUCAUGGACGGGAAAAGAUAUGUAUGCCUCCACAACUUCCCCCGGAAUGGGCCUCCACACUCUUCUUUAUCAUCAUGGGCAUCAUUUCGCUCUCCAUCACCUGUGCUCUGCUCGUGCUGUCACGCUGGCAUCAGGAAACAACAAAGUAUGCUCGCUGGAUUGCUUUCACAGGAAUGGUCUUCUUUUGCAUGGCUGCCCUCAUAUUUCCAACUGGAUUUUACAUCAAUGAAGUUGGAGGACAACCUUAUAAGUUACCCAACAACACAGUUGUGGGAUCAUCAUAUGUACUUUUUGUUUUAGCAAUAUUUUUCACAAUUGUUGGACUCUUGUUUGCUGGAAAAGUUUGUCUGCCUGGCUGAUAAAUCUCAGUCACUGAUGGGCUUGUUUCAAAAUCUGUUUUUUUUUUUUUCAGUGACAAGAUGGUGUUCUUAGAAGGACCAAUUUACCCCAAGAAGAUAAAGAAGCAAAAAGCAUACAUAAUCUUAUCCAAACUGAUGAGACUUGUUGAGGAUAACACUGUCUGCCCACUUGAGAACUAAAUAGCUUUUAGUUUUUUUUAGCUUAUAAAUUUGCAUUACGCGUUGAGAACAGAGUGACUACCUUCAGAUGAUGCUCAUGUUGAGAGAAGAGCUGGUUUGAGAGAUUAAAAGAUGCCCUCAGUGGUAAUAUUAUGACAGGGUUGGUAUAAUUUAAGCACAGUCUUAAAUAUAAAUGGUUCUUUGUACAAUGCAAUGCACUCCUACACUCUUAAAAAAAGGCUUCCCAAUAGUACCAAAAGCUUUAGGGUUCUUUUAAACAACCAUAUAAAUACACCAUACACAUCAGGAUUUCAACAUAGACAAGAGCCAUUUAACUAUGCAAAGAACCAUUUAUGCAAUUAAACGGUUCUUUGAAUAUUUGCGAUUCUACAUGUAACUCUUGCCUUAACUGAAGAGCCGUUGAAGAAUUGUUUAAGUAACACAAAGGGUUUUAUAUAGUCUUAAAAAGGUUCUAUGACAAACAAUUGUAGAACAGUUCUGUGUAUUAUAACCCCAUUUCCUAAAAAGUUGGGAUGCUGUGCAAAAUGUAAAUAAAAACAAAUGCAGUGAUGUGCAUUCAA